CGCUAACAGCCCAGUGACGACUGAUUUGUCCGUCCCUUCUCUCUCCUCGUGCUUCACCGCUCCGUUAGAUUUUUCUUUUUUAAUAUAUUUUCUUUCCCAAAUCUUACGGAUAUUUUUUUUUUUUUUUUUGAUUUUCUCCUCCACAAGCAUUAUCGCUAUUGCUCUGCCUUGUGAUCAUCAUCAUUGUUUUACUACUGAGUGAGGAGGCUACGUCGUUGUGUAAAGCCAGGAAAAAGGAAAAAGGUAGAGAGAAUGGAAGUGGAAGAAGGAGAAAGUGUUGGUGGGAAGAUAAAGAUUGGAGUCUGCGUCAUGGAAAAGAAGGUGAAAUGCGGCUCCGAGGUCUUCUCAGCUCCCAUGGGCCAAAUUUUGGACAGACUGGAGUCGUUUGGUGAAUUUGAGAUCUUACAUUUUGGGGAUAAAGUUAUCCUUGAAGAUCCAAUAGAAAGUUGGCCCAUUUGUGAUUGCUUGAUUGCUUUUCAUUCCUCUGGAUAUCCUCUCGAGAAGGCUCAGGCAUAUGCUGCUUUAAGAAAGCCAUUUUUAGUGAAUGAACUAGAUCCACAGUAUCUUCUUCAUGAUCGCCGGAAGGUGUACGAGCAUCUUGAGAUGUAUGGCAUCCCUGUUCCUAGGUAUGCUUGUGUCAAUAGAAAGGUACCAAAUCAAGACCUUGAUUAUUUUGUCGAGGAAGAAGAUUUUGUUGAGGUUAAUGGUGAACGCUUCUGGAAGCCAUUUGUGGAAAAGCCUGUCAAUGGAGAUGACCACAGUAUAAUGAUAUACUACCCUAGCUCGGCAGGUGGAGGCAUGAAGGAAUUGUUUCGCAAGAUCGGGAACCGAUCAAGUGAGUUUCAUCCUGACGUCAGAAGAGUAAGGAGAGAGGGUUCUUAUAUAUACGAGGAGUUUAUGGCCACUGGAGGAACUGAUGUCAAGGUCUACACAGUGGGUCCUGAAUACGCACAUGCUGAAGCAAGAAAGUCUCCUGUUGUUGAUGGUGUUGUUAUGAGGAACAUUGACGGGAAGGAAGUGAGAUAUCCAGUGUUGCUUACACCUGCUGAAAAGCAAAUGGCUAGAGAAGUUUGCAUUGCAUUUAGGCAAGCGGUCUGUGGCUUUGAUCUUCUACGAUCUGAGGGAUGUUCAUAUGUUUGUGAUGUAAAUGGAUGGAGUUUUGUGAAGAAUUCUUACAAGUACUACGAUGAUGCUGCUUGUGUGCUAAGAAAAAUGUGCUUGGAUGCAAAGGCUCCUCAUCUUUCAUCGACUCUUCCUCCCACUUUGCCAUGGAAGGUCAAUGAACCUGUACAACCUAAUGAAGGACUGACCCGCCAGGGCAGUGGCAUCAUCGGCACUUUUGGGCAGUCAGAAGAGCUACGUUGUGUUAUUGCUGUUAUUCGACAUGGCGAUCGAACUCCUAAACAGAAGGUGAAACUAAAAGUUACAGAGGAAAAACUGUUAAACCUGAUGUUGAAAUACAAUGGUGGAAAGCCAAGAGCUGAGACCAAACUAAAAAGUGCCGUCCAGCUGCAAGACCUAUUAGAUGCCACAAGAAUGUUAGUUCCCCGUACAAGACCAGGUCGUGAAAGUGAUAGUGAUGCAGAAGACCUUGAACAUGCUGAGAAGCUUCGACAAGUUAAAGCAGUUCUUGAAGAGAACAUGGAUAUGCAGGGUGGACAUUUCUCUGGUAUAUACAGGAAGGUUCAACUGAAGCCCUUGAAGUGGGUUAAAAUACCAAAAAACGACGGUGAAGGCGAAGAAGAAAGACCAGUAGAGGCCCUUAUGGUACUGAAAUAUGGGGGUGUUCUAACACACGCUGGUAGAAAGCAGGCAGAGGAACUUGGUAGAUACUUUCGAAACAAUAUGUAUCCAGGUGAAGGGACUGGUUUGCUUCGUCUCCAUAGUACAUACCGUCAUGACCUUAAAAUUUACAGCUCUGACGAGGGACGUGUUCAGAUGUCUGCAGCUGCUUUUGCUAAAGGCCUGCUCGACCUAGAAGGACAGCUGACGCCAAUCCUGGUUUCUUUGGUUAGCAAGGACUCCUCCAUGUUGGAUGGCCUUGACAAUGCCAGCAUUGAAAUGGAAGCGGCCAAGGCUAGAUUGAACGAGAUUGUAACAUCUGGCACAGAGAUAAUACAUGAGCACGGCUCCUCUGAAGAAUUCCCUUGGAUGACUGAUGGAGCUGGACUUCCGCCCAAUGCUCAUGAACUCCUCCGUGAAUUGGUGAAGUUAACUAAGAAUGUGACUGAACAAGUAAGACUACUUGCAAUGGAUGAGGACGAGAACCUCACGGAGCCAUAUGAUAUAAUUCCUCCAUAUGAUCAAGCAAAGGCCCUUGGCAAGACAAACAUUGACAGUGAUCGGAUUGCUUCUGGAUUACCAUGUGGUAGUGAAGGGUUCCUUUUGAUGUUUGCUCGGUGGAUAAAACUCGCAAGGGAUCUCUACAAUGAAAGAAAAGACCGAUUUGACAUCACGCAGAUUCCCGAUGUUUAUGAUUCAUGCAAGUACGACCUGCUGCAUAAUUCCCAUCUCGAUCUAAAAGGAUUAGAUGAACUCUUCAAAGUUGCGCAGUUGCUGGCAGAUGGUGUAAUCCCAAACGAGUAUGGAAUCAAUCCGCAACAAAAGCUUAAAAUCGGUUCAAAGAUUGCUCGGCGCUUAAUGGGGAAGAUCUUGAUAGACUUGAGGAAUACUCGAGAAGAAGCAAUGAGCGUUGCUGAAUUGAAAGAAAGCCAAGAACAAGUCACAUUGUCAUUAUCUGCCUCGGAAAAGGAAGAUAGAAAUAGUCAGCCAAAGCUUUUUAUCAAUAGCGAUGAUUUGAGACGACCUGGCACAGGUGAUAAAGACGAAGAUGAUGAUAAAGAAACCAAAUACCGAUUAGAUCCAAAGUAUGCAAAUGUGAAGACACCUGAACGUCAUGUGAGGACUCGACUUUACUUCACAUCCGAAUCGCAUAUACAUUCGCUGAUGAACGUACUACGAUACUGUAACCUCGACGAAACACUUCAAGGAGAAGAAAGUCUCAUCUGCCAAAACGCAUUGGAACGUCUUUGCAAAACAAAGGAACUCGAUUACAUGAGCUACAUUGUCCUGAGGCUCUUCGAAAACACCGAGGUAUCACUUGAGGACCCCAAGAGAUUCCGCAUUGAACUUACAUUUAGCCGUGGAGCUGAUUUGUCUCCCUUAGAGAAUAAUGGGACCAGAGAGGCAGAGUCAUUGCUAAGGGAACACACGCUUCCGAUAAUGGGACCAGAGAGGCUUCAAGAGGUUGGUUCUUGUUUAACACUCGAGACUAUGGAGAAAAUGGUUCGUCCUUUUGCUAUGCCGCCGGAAGAUUUCCCUCCGGCCUCUACUCCGGUUGGUUUCUCCGGUUACUUCUCCAAAAGCGCUGCCGUGCUCGAGCGUCUCGUUAACCUCUUCCAUAACUACAAAAACUCUUCUUCCAAUGGAAAGAGCUAAGGGAAUAACAACUUCUUUUCUUACUUUUUUUUCCUUAAUUGCUUUGUGCAGUUCAAGUCAAUAUUUCCUUCUUUUUUUUGUCUUUCUACAUGUUAAUUUCUUUGUUAAGUGUAGCUAUUUUGUUUCUUCUGCAUGAUUGAAAAAUGAGUUUGUUAUUUUUUAUAUAUACUAUAUAGUCAAAUUGUGAAAGGUACUCUUGCAGUUUUAUGAUAUUAUUACAUGGAACAUAAAUGAGUCACCCGUGACGUACUC